AUGAAGCUAUACCAAGGAUUAACGUUGGAUUGCUUACAGCAUAUGAUUAAUGGCAGUACUCUUAUCAAAGUGAAGGCCAGUUCCCGACAAUACCGACGAUUCUUCACAUUAGAAGAGGACUUAACAGCCGUCCGAUGGUUGCCGUCAUCGAAGAAGUCGUCCAAAGCUAGACUGUCGAUUCGGAGCAUCCGAGAGGUGAGACCCGGAAAGAACACCGAAGUGAUGAAGAAUAAGGAGAUCGCCGGCACCUACUCUGAGGACUGUAUCUUUUCGGUCAUACACUCCGACGAGUUUGAAUCGCUCGAUCUCAUCGCACUGUCACCUGAAGAGGCAAACAUUUGGGUCACAGGACUUAACUUUCUGAUCGGAGUCAACAAAUGCGUUCAGGCGCCGGACUCUAUAGAGGGCCGACAGAAGAUGCGGGAGAAGUGGUUGCAUCAGGUGUUUGAUGCGGCGGACAGCGACCAGAAGGGAAUGUUAGACGAAUGGGAAACCAUUGCACUCAUGAAGAAACUCAAUGAUAAGCUC